UGUCUUUCGGGGUCAAAACGUGGUGUAACAGAAAAUGGAAAGGAGUACGUCGCAGAAAAAAAUGAGAAGGUUAGUGUGUUAGGGGUUAGAAGUGCUUAAACUUACAAGAUGAGGUACUACUGGAGAACUAUUGAGGGGCCGGCGUUAGGAACCUAUGCAAGUCCACGUGUCAAUUUGAAUAUUUUUGUCAUAAUGACCAUAGAUAGACUCAUAGUGUCUUGAACUCGGGGGUGAGUCUUCCAUAAGCUUGGGGACGGCUUGAAAAUUUGGAGAAGAUGGCUUGAAAAUAGCAAUUAUUUCUUGCUUACCCGGUGUAUACUCCGCCAAUCUUGAAAAUACUUUCUUGGUAAUUUUUAAUGAGAAAGUGAGCAAAUGGAACAUUGUAUCUUUGCGUGGAUUUUAAGGUGUAGCUUGAACCAUUUCCUUUUUUGUUUUCACCUUUCGAUCUAUCUGCAUACCAUUUAAGUUUCAGUCAACUGAAAUGAAUAUAGCUUCUAUUCUACAGUUCAAGUCAUCCAUUUCCAAAGACUUUGGCCUUGAAAAUAAUGAGAAGUUUCUGUUUGUUUGCAGACUUAAAGAAGUCAAGUCUUUCCACUAGUGUCAAUGGCUAUCUCUUCAUCUUUAUUUUCAUCAAUAAGUCUGACUCUUCUUACAUGUUUGGUUCCACAUAGUGCUUUACUUUGACAAAUUCACCGGUGGGAAAAACUUGUAACAGUUAUGCAGCUUGAUCUGAUAAGAUAGUUCUGGUUAGCUAGCUAGAAUUACAAUUCACAAAUCUUCUAGUCUUUCUUCUUCUUGUGGUAGAUAUUCGAUAUGGUUUUGGCUUCUUCUUUGAUUUGCUUUGUUCUGUCACUUCUAAUCUUAGUUCUGGCAAACGGCAAAAAUGAUUCAACUUGUCCAAAGUCCUUCUCAUGUGGGAAUUAUACUAACUUGUGCUUUCCUCUUUCCGCGCAAUCUGAUUGCGGACUAAUGACCAUGUCUGGUUGUGAUGCUAAACCGAAUCCAAGAAUCCAACUAGUUCCUGGAGGAGAUUGGUACUAUGCCACGGCAAAUCUGAAUAGAUCUACAGUUUGGCUCUCGGACCCAAAGCUUCAUACCAUGUUGAGGCAACAAAAUUGCCAAGUUUUUAGCAAAAAUUUCUCCCUUCCAGACACUCUUUCUAUUACUUUCAAUAUGCUUACGCUUCAUGACUUCUUCAAAUGUAAUAUCACACAGAAGAAAACUGAUCAUUUUGCUGGUUAUAAAAUGUACAAUGAUUGUAAAGGCUUUAGCAUUUACUACACGCUUUAUGGAGACGAUGGUGAAUACGUGCAACCAGGCAAUCUUCCUGCCAACUGUUCACUUAUCAGAUUGCCAAUUGACUCGGCAUUAUAUGAUGAUGAUGUGUUCAAAAUAUUAAGUCAUGUUUUUCUGGUAGAGUGGGAACUGUCUAACGACUGCGAUAUAUGUCACCAAGGUGGAGGUAAAUGCCAGACUGAUAAAACCAACAAAUUUCAUUGUACAUAUCCAAAAACUCCACACGCUCAAGAUGCAAAAGCGACUAGAAGCAAGUUGGGACCGACUCUGGGAGCAGUUUUUGGUGUAGGAUUGGUGAUGAUAACUUUAGUCGUCUUCUUUAUAUGGUGUUACAAGGAGAGGAAAUUUAGUCCAUCCCAUUUCUUCUCAACAAAGAAAUUCUCGGACAUUUUUAAACAUGACGUUGAGGGAGGCAGUAUAUACUUUGGUGUCCCAGUCUUCUCUUACUCAGAACUUGAAGAAGCCACGAAUGAUUUCAAUUCCUCUAGAGUACUCGGAGAUGGAGGUUUUGGAACUGUUUACUAUGGUAAACUUAAGGAUGGAAGAGAGGUCGCUGUAAAGCGCCUUUAUGAACACAACUGCAAACGAAUGCAGCAGUUUGUAAAUGAAAUUGAGAUUCUUACUAGGAUAAGGCACAACAAUCUUGUCACCCUCUAUGGCUGCACCUCAAGGCGAAGCCGUGAACUACUCCUCGUUUAUGAAUACAUUCCCAAUGGAACUCUCGCUGAUCACCUCCAUGGCGAUAGAGCGAAGCAAGGAUCACUCGCCUGGUCAAUCCGCAUGAACAUUGCCAUAGAAACUGCUGGUGCAUUGGCUUACCUGCAUGCUUCUGACGUAAUACACUGUGAUAUCAAGACUAGCAACAUACUCCUUGAUCACAGCUUUAGUGUUAAAGUUGCAGAUUUUGGGCUUUCAAGGCUCUUCCCAAAUGACGUCUCUCAUAUUUCGACUGCACCCCGGGGAACCCCUGGCUAUAUUGAUCCAAAGUAUCACGAGUGUUACCAGCUGACUAGUAAAAGUGAUGUAUAUAGCUUCGGUGUGGUACUUGUUGAGCUCAUUUCAUCAAUGCCAGCUGUGGAUAUGAAUAGGCAUAGCCAAGAGAUCAAUUUGGCUAACUUUGCAAUAAAAAAGAUCGUAAAAUGUGCAUUUCACGAGUUGAUCGAUCCAGCCCUGGGGUUCGAUUCAGAUACCAAGAUUUGGGAAAUGACUACUUCAGUGGCAGAGCUGGCUUUUCUGUGCUUGCAGACAGACAGGGACAUAAGGCCUACUAUGGCUGAAGUUUUGGAUACUCUAAAAGAGAUUCAGACUAGUGAAUUUGUCAAUGAUAAGAGAACUGAGUCUAAUCUCAAUAUCGAUGAAGCCAACGUAGUAGCAACUCCUCCUUUCCCUGAAUCAGAAGAUAUGUUAUCAUUGAAGCAAGUUAAAUCACUACUUUCUCCAAAUUCGGUGACUGAUAAAUGGAUUACUUGCUCCGAUGGAAGUAGUACAAUGUAGUUAAAAGUUCUAUACCCCCUUUUUAAUGUAGUUAAUGUACUACUGUGAGAAGUUUCUUGAGCUACGUUCUAUGAUUGGACGUCACUCAAAUUUUAGUUUCAUUAUGUAAGAGUUUAAGUUAUAUACAUUGGAAGUGUAAAUAAUUUUACUCUAUUUUUGUAAUGCUGCAGUAUCAGCAUAAUUUUACUCUAUUUUUGUAAUGCUGCAGUAUCAGCUUAAGUACUGCUGGACAGUCUAUUUUCUCUAAUAAAAUUUACUUUUACUGAUCAAA